AUGGCCGUGGCAGUGAGAGCAGCAAUGGGAGCUUCACUUCUUUUUCUUCUUCUCCUUCCUCUGGCUUGGGCGCCUGUCUCAUCGGCCGCCGUGGGACCAUUUCCCAAGACCGGCAAGUUCGUCACCAACAAGUCCGUCAAGGAUGACAUGGAAGAGAGGGUGCAGCGGCGCCUCGGCCAGCGCAAGGACGGUCAGCCGACGGGCAGCGCGGCGGGGGAGAGCUACCGCCCCUUCAUCUUCGACCUCUCCGUCGGGAGCUCGCCGCAGCAGACCCUCCCUGUCAUCAUGGACAUCAACAGCGACCUCACCUGGGCGCAGUGCGAACCCUGCCCCUCGUGCCAAACGCUCUCGCCGCCGCCGACGCCCACGUUCCGUCCCGCGGACUCCAAAUCCUUCGUGGAGGUCGGCUGCGCCACCCAAACUUGCGAGCGCAUGAGCUACCACAACUGCACCGGCGACGACAUCUGCAGGUAUAGAACGGGCUAUAUGUCCGGCUUCCUCGCCACCGAUACGUUCAGCUUCGGGAACGUCACCGGACCGGGACGUACGGACGUACCGGGCAUAGUGUUUGGCUGCAGCGGCGACAUCACUUUGCCAGAGCUCGAUGGCGUCUCUGGUUUCGCCGGCUUCAGCAGGGGGCCCCUGUCCCUCGUGUCGCAGCUCAACAUCUCCAGCUUCACCUACUUUAUCGCGCCUCCCGAUGACGCCGGCGGGAAGAGCUUCGUCAGCUGGAGCUGGGGCGGCGCCACCGACGACGAUGCCACGGUGGCCGCGGGGCAGGCGACGAGUACGACUACGGGGAGCAGGGGCACGAGCAGCACGCCACUGUUGGCCGCCACAAAAACCAAAAACCUACAAAACCCUUACUGGUACUACGUCAAUCUCACCGGUGUGCAGGUCGACGACAAGCUCCUGACCGCCAUCCCGGCGGGGACCUUUGACAUCCCGCGUUCCGGCGGGGUGUCUCUCAGCACCUUCCUUCCUGUCACUUACCUUGUGGAGGACGCAUACAGGGUCGUGAGGCAGGAGCUCAUGAGCAGGGUCCAGUCCGAGGGCGUGGCUCCGGUGAAGGCCUCAGACGACGAUGGUGGGAAGCUGUGCUUCCUCACGGAGGACUUUGCCAACACCAAGGUUCCAACGCUGGCGCUCCUGUUCGAUGGCGCUGACGCGGCCAUGGAGCUCAAGGUGGAGAACUACUUCUUAGCCUCUGACGACGGGAACACGUGCCUCACCAUAAUGCCGUCGACCGAGCACACGCAGGGCUCGGUCCUCGGCAGCAUGCUCCAGGCGGGCAGGAAAAUGACCUACGAGAUCCACAGUGACGGUGGCGGCGUGCUGACGUUCGAGACGUUCGACAAGGCAGCGGGGGCGCCCGAGAAGGCAGCGGGUGCGCCCGCGCCGGCGAAGGUGCCGCUCAUUAUCAUGAUAAUAAUGGCCACUCUUCUUAUCUGGGGGCUCCUCUAG